AAAGCGAAAGCGCGGCGGGCGGAAGCUGAGUCCUCCCCGUCGCGCCGCGCCGUACCGGGACCGCACCGGGGCCGCUCCGCGCCGGGGCCACCAUGGCUUCCAUCGGCAACUUCUUCCGACGGAGCCUGCGGCGCUACGGCCGCAGAGAAGGAAAAGAGGAGGAAGGAAAGAAGGAAAACAACCCCUCGCGGGUGCCGCAGGGGAAAUCAGGAGAGCGGAGCUCCGUCCUCUAUUCCGCUGGGCAGUUUUUCUUCGAGUACCUUGUGGUGGUGUCGCUGAAGAAGAUGUCAGAUGGACGUUACGAACCCAAGAUAACCUACCAGUUCCCAAAGCGCGAGAACUUGCUGAAGGGCCAGAAGGAGGAGGAGGAACGUCUCUUGAAAGCCAUCCCCCUCUUCUGCUUCCCUGACGGCAACAACUGGGCCCCCGUCACUGAGUUCACCAGUGAAACCUUUUCUUUCGUCCUGACGAACGUGGACGGCAGCAGAAAGAUCGGCUACUGCAGGCGGCUGCUGCCAUCCGGCCGUGGUGUCCGCCUCCCCGAGGUCUUCUGCAUCAUCAGCUGCCUGGGCUGCUUCGGGCUCUUCUCCAAGAUCCUGGACGAGGUGGAGAAGAGGCGCCAGAUCUCCAUGGCGGUGAUUUACCCCUUCAUGCAAGGCCUUCGGGAAUCGCCCUUCCCAGCGCCGGGGAAAACCGUCACCAUUAAAAGCUUCAUCCCCGAGUCGGGCACGGAGCUCAUCGAGCUCACGCGGCCCGUGGACGCCCACCUGGAGCACGUGGAGUUCCAGGCGCUGCUCCAGCGGCUCAGCCCCCACCUCAUCCUGCACAUCUUCGCCUCCGCCGUCUUGGAGCGACGGCUCAUUUUCCUGGCGGAGGAGCUGAGCGUCCUGUCGCAGUGCAUCCACGCGGUGGCUGCUCUCCUCUACCCCUUCACCUGGGCUCACACCUACAUCCCCGUGGUCCCCGAGUGCCUGCUCGACACCGUCUGCUGCCCCACGCCCUUCAUGGUCGGCAUCCAGAUGCGGCACCUGGAGCGGGUCCUGGACCAGCCGAUGGAGGAGGCUCUGAUCGUUGACCUCUGCGAAGGGAAGAUCCUCCGGGCGGUGGGCGAUGAGGAGGAGAUCUUGCCCAUCAAGCUGCAGAACGAGAUCCUGACGUCCUUGAACAGGCACAACAACAACAACAACGUACACACAUCCGAGCAGGUGAACGCGCUCGUCUCCGAAGCCUUCGUGCAGUUCUUUGUCCGAAUGGUUGGCCACUACUCCUCACACAUCAAAUGGAGUAAAAACGGCUCGGGCACCUUCCAGGAGCGAGCCUUCUGCAAAGCCGUCGCCUCCAAGACCAACCGCAAGUUUGUGAAGAAGUUUGUGAAGACAAACAUGUUCUCCCUAUUUAUUGAGGAAGCAGAAAAGAGCAGGAUCCCACAGGAAGCCUAUUUCCAGCAGAAAAUAGCGGAGUACCACGAACAGAAGAAGCACCGAAGGGACUCCUGAAGCCCAGCCUGGGACGAGGGGAGCCGGGCUGGGACCCGGCCGGUCCCCGCCAGCAGCACCGCGCUGCGCAGACCCGACGCGUGCCCCGUCCGAGGGCAGAGCCGGCCGGACUCUGCUGGAUCUUCCUGACGGUUUCUGCCCCUCUGAGACUCAUGGGAUGCGGGGGCAGCACCAAACGCCAGCUUCUACCCCUUCUUCUUUUCCUCAGGGCGUCAUUGCACUGGAAAACUCCUUUGCACAGAGCUAGUGAGCGGGCUGUGAUUUCUUUUCCCGUCUUGCUAGCAGAGGGACAAGCGGCGGCUCCCGGUGCCGUGCCGGGUCCUUGUCCCCAGCAGGACCUCAGGCAGCGAGGGACGGCAGGCAGGGAGCUGGCACAGGACAGCAAAGGGUGUAGAGUAAUUGUUAGAAAGGGGCGGGGGGGAAGAGAUGAGUAGGAAAUAGUGUUAUUUCUAAUUAAAACAAAGCUAGGUUUUGCAAGUAAGUAACAGCCUACUGAGUAAGUUUCCGAGGUUUCUAUUAUUAACGACUCUUUCUCUUUAUUUUCUAUCAAGAUACGCUCUUUGUUAAAUACCGGCAGGAACAGUUGCGGUGGAUUUCAGCGGUUUCCUCUAUAGCAGCUGUCCGCUUCGUUGGUACUAUUUAGAGCCCCGUUUAGCUCUUUGAAGAAAAAAAACCCAACAAACCAAAACAAAAAUAUUAUUUUCCAACAGGUUAUUUAUUUGUGCUGUAAGCAAACUGUGAAGGCCACAGGGCCGUGUUUUGUAGUAGGGGGGAAACGGCUGAUCAACAGCUCCGGGGAGGGAGGAAGUAUUUGUUAAAUCCAGUAGUAAAACAUGUCGACAUCCCCCCGGUUUCUGGUUCUGAUGCCAACUUCUUUUAAAACCCCGCAGUUCAUUGAAACUCCGAAACGCCGUGCCCGCUAAAAUUACG